CAACACAUUGAUGAGCAACAGAGAACAGCUGACCUGAGGGAGAGUCCAAAGCGCCUUUCUUUAAAAGUAUACCUUGUAAAUUUAACAUGGACAGUAGAGAGAGUGGCGGAAUUAACUUAAUUCUGACUUACAGCCGUGUGGUGUCGGUGUCAUGCAUGCCGCAAGCUUAGUGAGUGAGUGAGGAUACUUAAGCUGUGGUUUAACACAGUGUACACACUCUGGGUGUACACACACACAUUCUCCACACGUGCUGUUUGUUUAGUGUGGCGGGCUAAGACUGAGCAGGAAGGGGGAGUGGACACAGGGCAUUGGGGCAGUCACAUGGCCAGCGUUGACCUGGUGAGACUCGGCUUGACCACUAUAGGCCAGUUUCUGUGUUGACCACCGAUUUGACCACAGAGUGACAACAGAGUUGACUGGAACGCUUGCCUGGGGCAGUUUGUAGUAUUUCUAGUGGUGACACACACCGCAUGGAGUUAUUGUAGUUUUGGACUGGAGUAAAGGAAGUUAGGGAGCGAGAGAACAUUACAUGGGUUAUGGACUGGAUAUGCAGUUUGUUUUGAGAAUUUAUAACACAAUUUAAGGGAGGGUGGUGAGUAUUUAAAACACUCUGGAAUAUAGUUUCUAUUAAAAAUGAAGUGACUGUGGCGAUUUCAUACUUUGCAAGGAUAAUAUGCUAUCUGACAUUGAGAGGGAAUGUGAUGCUCUUUAAUUCACCAGGGAUUAUCCAUGAAGUAAGAGGUGCAGUGAUUUUGUUCUUAGAAACAGGAUGAGGGAUAUGUUGCAUUGAGAGCGAAAGGAAUGCUAGUAUUUUAUAUCUCUUGGAUGGGAAAGAACCUAUAAUAUCAAAAGAGAAAGAAGAACUGUGAUUUCAUAUUCUUAUCUGAGGAAUGGAUAUCUUCUCUGUUCAUACAAAUGGAAAGGACCAACAUCUUAGGGGUGAAACCCAUGGGUUAUAUUAGCUAGGGGGCUGUCUCAACAACGGAAUAAUGAACGAUGAAGUGCGUCAACUGCUGUUCUGCCCGGCCACGAGGAAAGUAUGGAUAUUACUACACGUACGGACGCCCGAUUUGUAGGGAAAUAUCCUGGCCUCUUGGUGUCUAUCCGCCUGACUACGACCUUCAGCUUGCCCGGCGUCACAGUUUCAAGUCUAAACAGUUGAAGAAACCCAAAACUUGUGAAGUUUGCCGCCAUUUUAUUUGGACUCAAGGAAGUGUAUGUAAAGUUUGUAAAUAUGUGUGCCACUUCCAGUGUGAAUCCCAGGUGGUGACUGCAUGUAAUCCUCCCAGCAGCAGUAUAGAACUGCAGAGCCAUGAUACUUUAAAGAGGCAGCAGCAGCAACAGCAUCCACAUCAUCAGCAGCAGCACGUACAUUAUUCUCAGCCAGUGGCAAGCACAGCAGGCGUAGAGCCCAAGUCACACUACACCAUGUCUAACCGAAGACGCGGAGAGCAGUUUGACAUGGAUCUGACGUAUAUAACAGAGAGGAUCAUUGCCAUGACCUUUACCUCGGAGAGCAAUGAGGCUACAUACAGGAAUAACGUGAGAGAAGGCACUCGCAUGUUGAAAACUAAACAUGGAGAAAAUUAUAUGAUCAUUAAUCUGUCCGACAAGAGACGGGAUCUGUCAAAGGAAAAUAAUCAGGUGCUAGACUAUGGUUGGCCAGACACCCUGGCUCCUCCAUUGGAGCGGCUCUGCAGUAUCUGCAAGUCCAUAGACUCCUGGCUUUCCUCCGACCUGCGCAAUGUCGUGGUCCUCCAUUGCAAGGGUGGGGAAAACCGCACAGCAGUCGUGGUGGCUGCAUACAUGCAUUACAGCAAUAUUUGUGCCAGUGCUGACCAGGCAUUAGACAGAUAUGCUAUGAAAAAGUUCUGUGAUGACAAAACUUUACACCCAUCACAACAGAGAUAUGUGGAGUACUUUGCUGGGCUUCUCUCUGGUGCAAUAAAGAUAAACAGUAGCCCCCUGUACCUCCACCACAUGGUCAUCCAUGGGAUUCCCAACUUUGACUCCAGAGGGGGCUGUCGAGCCUUCGUCAAGGUGUACCAAGGGAUGACACCCAUUUUCACUUCAGGAACAUAUGCUGCCAGUGACAGCAUGCACAGGUUGUGCAUGUCCUUUGACCAAGCCAUCCCUCUGCGCGGAGAUAUACUCAUCAAAUGUUACCAUAAGCAGCCCGGAGACAGCAGACGAGAAACCAUCUUCCGCGUGCAGUUCCACACUUGCGCCAUCUCCGACUAUGGACUUGUGUACAGCAAGGGAGAGCUGGAUGAUGCCAAUCACAAUAUUAAAUUCCCUGAUUCAGGUCAGGUGGAAUUCAUCUUCUCCCCAGGACCAGAGCGGAUAAGGGCCAAUGCAGUACUUUUCACAGAAACUAGAGCCCCUGUAGAUGAAACAGGAAACCCCAUUGUUAGAUGGGAUUCUUACGAAAACUUUAACAACAAAAUGCAGGAUGGUAAUUUAGCAGUUGGCCUUUUUAAGCUUAAAGAAAUGAUAGAUCUAAAAGACCAUGACGAGAAUGCACGUCCUGCAUCUAUUCGCGUGUCGCAUGUGUUCCACGAGGUAGGGCCAGUGGAUGGUAGCCUCUACGCGCAGGUGCAGAAAAAGGGCAUGACCAAUGGAACACCAGCCCCAGUGCAGAAUGGUCCACAUCAUCUUAGUAUGGACUCAGGAUUCCACUCAAAUCCAGGGCAUAACUAUAGCAACAACAUGGUAGUGGCCCAACACACCAACCAGCAGUAUACACAGCAGUCCCACCAGACCACCACUAAUAACAACAACAACAUUGACGAACAGAAACAACUGGAUGAUAUCUUGAGUGAGCUACUGGGAGAGAGUGCCUUGCUGCCCAGUGCACCACAAGUCACCACCACACGGGACGGAAACAACUGGACCACCAGUGAAAGGUCAGUCUCGCAGAGCGAAGAUGGGCGAUCCAAGAGCAUCAUGGAGACUUCAAAGACUUUUUCAAAUCCUGAUCCUUAUACUAGAAGUGAGACCACCACUGUGAAGAAAAUGUCUUACACAACUUACGACCCAUCUGUAGAACAUGCUGUUGUAGAGGACCAUAGAGGGCGAUCUUCUUCCUACACUUAUCGACCAAUCUCACCACAGCAGAGUUCUAUGGUAGAGAGCCGGGUGCGCAGCCCCUCGCCAGUGCGUAGCCCCACGCCUACCAAGACAUUUGAAAGUCAGACUUAUCGUACCUAUGAUACUCGCUCCACAUCUAGUAGUGAGGAACCAAUGUCAUGGCUGCAGCAGCAGCAGGCCAAACUCAAAGCGCGACGCGAGGGUCGUGAUCUUCUUGACCUAGAGAGAAGGACAGUGCAGGAGAAACAGCUGGUUGCCGAGUUGAAAAAUGCACAGAAUAGGUACCAGGUCCGUAGGCGUCAGAGUGAAUCAGAUGAACAAGCAGUCAUUGAAAGCUACAGGAAAGCAGAAAAGAGGGAAAAUGUUUUUCAGAAUGGUCCUGUCUCUCCGCAGCCUGUUAGCCCCAAGUCUGAGCCAUGGGUUUAUCGCCCACCUGAGAGGUACAGACCACCAUCUGCUCCACCUGAGCCAUACAGACGACAGAUGUCACCAGAGUCAACCUAUAAGGCUGAGAAGAGUGUGUUUGUUCAGUCUACCAACCCAGUCUCCUACACAGUUACCAUCACUCCUGGAAAGCAGAAACCUCCGCCAAUUGGCACCAUAGCAACCAAGCCUCCUCGUCCAACAUCGCCAAGCAUCCCCGCAAGAACCAGCAGUCGUAAUGUGAUGAGCAUGCGCCACUGGCAGUCCCAUGGCAAACCACUGCGGCGCCAGGCUUCAGACACCUCACACGACCGUGAGAGACCAAUGAAAUGGUCCAGUCAAGGUACCCAAACCCCACCCAGCACCCCCCCUCGCACUGCCUCCCCUGCCCCACCAGCAGGGUACAGCACUGCCCAGCACCACUAUACCUAUACCACCAACAUCUACCAGCAGAAAGAGGACAAGAAGGAAGAGGUGGUAGAGGAACCAGUGGCACCAGCCAAGGUGGAACCCAAGUCUGAAGAACCCCCACCACUCUCCAAAGAGCAAGCAGAAGCUAUUAAAAAGCGUCUUGAUGAACUGGAGAAGAGAUUGACGGACUCGGCCUCUCCGCCACCCGAACAGCCUGUCCAAGACUUUAAUACCUGGCAGACCAGUAGGACAUUUGAGUACAAGCCAAAGAAAGAAGUGCGUCCCAAGUCAGAUCUGGAGGAGGACAUGAUCUCACUGCGCCCAAUAGGCCCAGGACUACAGCCAGUGGAGCCAGACAGACCCCCCAGCAGACCCUCAACACCUGCUGGCUUUGUGGCCUCUCCAGUGGGAGCUACCCCACCCUUCCCAGUAUCCCCACAGACUCCAUACCAGAAUACAGUGGGCGGUGUGUAUACCAGGUCACCAUCUUAUCAGUUCCGUUAUAACACCAUCACCACUCCUCCCCACAACACUGGGCACGUACCGGUCAUUCCGGUCACUCCACCAGUCACUCACAUGGUCCAUAGAGGGCGCCAAAGACAUGUGUCUGAUCCGCUUUAUGCAACAAUCCCUGAUGACGUGUUCAGCUAUCCAGUGAGCCCAGUGCCUCCACAGCAGACAUUUACAAAGAAGGAGGUACGUAAGGUGCAACAUCAGUACCAGUUCCAAAAUGGCAUGCCUCCAGGUGGACCCCCAAUGGGAGGUCCAGUGCCUCCUAUGCUAAAGGGUCCAGAUGAUGUUGAUCACAUCAGCCUUAACCAAAUCAACAUGGCAGAAGUUGGGAGUAGCAACCACUCGCCAACAUCGGUGAGUCAAAUCCACCAGCUGGCACCACCAUCACCCUCUCCAGCACCGUUCCCCACUGGAACCCAGCAACGGUACCAAUAUGAAUAUCAUACUAAUAACCGCUCUCAGGGUGGCCAGAGUCCUCAGCCUGUGUCACCUUUCCCAAUGGGGCAAACCACCAUGCAAAGACAGGAGUAUCACACAGCUAACCGGUCCUUCAGUAGUGGGGGUGGUGUGAGUCCUCAACCCUUUCCCACUGGACAAAACACCAUGCAGCGCCAGGAGUACCAGUCCGCGUUUGCCAAUUCGCCACAGCCUGUGGUCACUUUUCCCCCAUCAGCACAGAACACAAUACAGCGACAUGAGUUUCAUAGUUCUCAGCAGGGCUUCAAUCAGCAACCACAACAGCAGCCUCCCUCCCCAGCACCUGGGUCCUUCCCCACUAUAAACAGACAGGGUGAUAUACAGUUACAGGUUCACCAUCAACAGCAGAUGUCGCCAGUACAGCAACAACAACAGCAACAGUUUCAGCAGCAGCAGCAACAGCAGUUUCAUACUGAGCGCAGACAACAGUACCACACAGAGAACAGAAGUUUUCACCAAGGAGGUCAGGAGAACGGAAUGAAUACCAUGCCACCUGGUGGACUGCUGCAAGUUGACACCAGGCAGCAGCACAUGUCCUCCACCAUGCCAAGAAGUGCCUCUGCCAUGAGUGGAAGUCAAUUUUCUGGUCAUGAAAGCGGCAUGAAUACCAUGAGCAGUGCACACAGUCAAAUACAAGGAGGAAGUCAAUUCUCUGCUCAUGAAAGUGGCAUGAACACCAUGAACAGUCACAGUAGUCAGAUGCAUGGAGGUGGCACAAUGAGGAGUGGGAUGUCCACAAGUCAGUCUGGAUACAACAUGUCUCCACCCAUAGGCCAGAGCUCUCCCAACACACCCAGUGUCUACACAGGCUUCUCACGUAGGGGAAGUUUAUCAUCCAAUGCUUCAGAAAAUGUAUUUGACACAAUGCAUCACACACCAAAGUUUGUAAGGGAUACUUCCAAGUUUUGGUACAAGCCCCACAUUUCAAGGGAAGACGCCAUCAACCUGUUGAAGGACAAACCCCCUGGCACUUUCGUAGUUCGUGAUAGUAAUUCUUUUCCCGGAGCUUUUGGCUUAGCAGUCAAGGUUGCCCAGCUACCUCCAAAUGUACAGGCAAAGACAGGAGAUGCAAGUGAGUUAGUACGCCACUUCCUUAUCGAACCAACACCAAAGGGCGUAAGGUUAAAGGGAUGUAGCAAUGAACCAGUGUUUGGCAGCCUUGCAGCUUUAGUGUACCAGCACUCCAUUACUCCACUAGCCCUCCCAGUCAAGCUUGCCCUGCCUACGGAACAUGUCCUUGGACAAGAUCAAGUCGAUGUAGGCCCAGAGAGUCCAAUGAGUGAGGCAGCUCCUAGUUCAGCAUCGGCUUUACUAGCACAGGGAGCAGCUUGCAAUGUGCUCUUUAUCAACACAGUGGACACAGAGUCCCUGACUGGCCCCCAAGCUGUGUCCAAGGCAGUGAAGAUGACCUUCAGUAUGGAGCCCCCUCCUAAGUCCACAGUCGUCCACUUCAAGGUCAAUAACCAAGGCAUCACCCUGACUGAUAACCACAGGAAAUUGUUCUUCCGUCGCCAUUACCCUGUUGGUAGUGUCACAUUUUGUGGAAUGGACCCAGAAGACAGAAGGUGGAGUGCAACCCAAGAGAAGACAGGUGCCCCCAUGAAUGCAAGAAUCUUUGGGUUUGUAGCUCGUAAACAAGGCAGUACAACAGAAAAUUCUUGCCACCUAUUUGCUGAGAUUGAUCCAGACCAGCCUGCAACAGCCAUUGCCAACUUUGUAACAAAGGUUAUGCUUGGUCAAACCAGAAGAUAAAAUGAGACGACAAGCCUGACUGGAUUGUCAGUAGCAUUUAUCAGUAACAACAUACAUUAUUGGAUGAAAUGUGACUUUAGACAGAAAGUAUUGAAUGAACUUAGACCAAAGUCAAAUUGAGACAAAUUGUUUAAUCUAGAGUUUGACAAUUGAUGGCAGGGAAUGGAAUACAUAAUCACUCAUCGAAAGAAAAAAAAAUUGCUGUGAUGGAUGAAACCAAAUGGGUUUGUGAUAAACUGAUAUUUAGACAUAUCAUCUGGAUAUCAGCCAUGCUGUUUAGAAUAUUGGUGGAAGAAAUUUUGAGGGAGAAAAAGAUUUGGGUGCAAGCUGUCAACGAGGUUGAUAUGGCGGCAGUAGAGGGCCGUCUUCGUAUCAGUGCCAUAAAUUCCUGAGGGACAAAUCAAAAUAAGAAAAAUGAAAGCAAAAACAAGUAUCAUAUUAAAUAACAUACAGCAUAUCUUGUAUGGAUUAACAUUGGUUGGGUAUUGUACACUGUACAUUAGGCUCUUAAUCAUGAAAAGGCAAAGGUAACCUGAUUUGUCAUAUCUUAUUGAAAUAUUUAAUCGAUUUAACAGUGUAUUAGCACUGGAAAUGUUUUUAAGUACUCUGUAAUCUGAUCACCUUUGGUGAUGUAUAGAUACUGAUGUGGAAGUACUGGGUUAUUUCCCAGAGAUCGUGUUUUUAAUCAGUUAACAAUGUAUUAUUUGACCAUUAGACUAAGUAAUAUUUAGGGUAGGACAGUAUUUAUGUAACAGUAACACUUUUCCACCCAGAAUUAUGAUUGAUAACAACCCCAUGUCUAGUCAUCUAUAGGUAAAAAAGUUCACUCUGUAUAUAGGUUGUUGACCUCGAUAAUGUAGGUCGUUGACCUUUGUACAAAAAAAGGUCAUCAAAACUGUAAUUAAAGGUGCUGUGGAUGGCUGAAGUAAGGUGGUAAACUCAAACAAUUUUCAAGGCAGUUUGGAAACAAAUAUAAUGCGGAGAAAUGCAGCCCAACUUGGGGGGAGGGGGGCGGGGUCUAGUCUUUAUGGAUAAAUUGCAUUUAAUUACCAUUUUAAAGUAGAAGCUGCCAGAUUAUUGAGAAAUCUCAUGGUUAUUAUGUUAAGCUGGAUAUAUGUUUAUAAACAUGGAAAAUUUGGUGUCAUAGUGACUGCCCACUCAAUGUCCUUCAUAACAGACAUUAAAUGGGGACGAUUUGAACUGCCCACAGUGCAGCGCCCCCUUCUGUCGGUGGUGGCAGCCAUGUUGGCUGGUUCGUAUAGCGGGUAUUUGUAGCUUAAUAUAUGCUACUUCAGCUUUCAGUUCAUUAUAAAUAGCAUCAUAGGAGACAUAUUUUGUAAUACUUCGUGUUGAACUUGGAAACUCACAUUAUCAUAAUUAUUGCUAUUACCUUAUUAUUCUAUUUUGUAUAUCAGGUAUCAGUUUAUACACAUAUUAACCUUGUAGCCCAUAGCUCCCUUUCUUCAAAUAUAUCACUGGCUUUUCUUGGAAUAAGACAUACUGACACCUGGUGGUUGUAAAGUUAUGUUGCUCACUGAUAUUUUUAGUUUUGUUUUUUGGACCCUAUAACCUUGGUCCCCUCCAUAUCAAAGAAUGUCAAGUAGACCAGUUAUAUUUUGCUGAAAGGCACGGCAUAUCGCUUCUAUAUAUUUUAUCAUGCCAAUAUUUAUUGUGUACAUCAAUACACAGUCUUGAGAUAUAUUUGCCUUUUGAAGGGAUUGUUAAAGUCUGGUAUAUAUGAAUAUAUAUUAUUGCAUUUUUUUUCAGCAAUAAAAUAUUUGUAAUCUAGGA